AUGGCUCUGAAAGUAGACGCAGAGUUUGCAAAGGCAUUCGAACCUUUCGCUCAGGCUCUUGCAUCAGUUCCGAAGGCCCCCGUCUUUGAUGUUGAGUCCCGAGUCAAGGGUAUGGCAGCAUUCGUAUCCAUGGCUCCUCAACAACCGAUUACCGAGGGAAUCGAGGCCACCGAUCAUUGGAUCCCUUCGAGCGACGGUACAUCGAUCAGGCUGCAACAGCUGUCUCCAGUCACCGGAGGGCAAGAGGGCGAAUUGAAGCCUUGUAUAGUUUAUUUCCAUGGCGGAGGUUUCAUCGGCGGAGUUCCCGAAAUGAUCACUGGGUAUCUCUCCCAGCUGGUCGCUGCAACCGAUGUGCAGCUAUUCUCUGUGGAGUACAGGCUUGCUCCUAAGCAUCAACAUCCAGUCCCAGUGGAGGAUAAUUAUGCCGCCUUGACAUGGGUGUCACAGAACGCAAGCAGAUUCAACAUAAAUCCCAGCCGGAUUGCUGUCAUGGGAGACAGUGCUGGAGGCGGUCUUGCCGCCGGCGUUGCACUGUUAGCUCGAGACCGCGGCCUACAGCCACCCCUCGCCAAGCAAAUCCUUAUCUAUCCCAUGUUAGACGACCGCUCUGAUCGGGACCUCAGCAGUGUAUCGAAAUAUGCUAUCUGGCACGGCGAUGAUAACAGGACGGCUUGGAAAGCACUUUUGGGAGACAAGUAUGGUACAAAUGAAGUGCCAGCUUAUGCUGCUCCUGCUCGAGUGGAGGAUGUUCAUGGUCUACCGUCGACGUACAUGGACGUCGGGUCUCUCGAUUUGUUCUUGGAAGAGGAUCUUAUCUAUCUAACCAGACUCGCAGCGGCCAACAUUGACACAGAAUUGCACGUAUAUUCAGGCCUUCCUCAUGUCUUCGAAGUUUUCGCUCCGGGUGUUUCAGCCUCGUUGAGAGCAUUUGAGAAUCGGAAGCGCGCAAUCCUAGAUUUGUAA